AUGGCCGCUCCCGCUUCAUCUACCACCGAGGCCCUCGCCGCCGAGGACGGCUACUUCUCUCAGAACCCGCCUCCGCGCAACCUCGCGGCUCACACUGCCCUCGCUGCCGGCUUCAUCUCAUCCCACGCCGCGGCCGGCCACCGCGUCGUCCUCGUCACCUCUGGAGGCACCACCGUCCCUCUCGAGCGCCAGACGGUCCGCUACAUUGACAACUUCAGCGCCGGAACCCGCGGCGCCACCAGCGCAGAGUACUUUCUCGAGGCCGGGUACGCUGUGAUUUUCCUGCACCGAGAGUUUAGUCUCUUGCCUUACUCGAGGCAUUAUUCCCAUGCUACCGAUUGCUUUCUUGACUUUCUAGCCGAGGAUGGUGAGGGGCGGAUUGGUGUGCGGUCCGAGGUUGAGGACAAGAUGAGAGGUGUUUUGAGAAAGUACCGCAAGGCUAGGGAUGGCAACAUGCUCCUGACACUUCCCUUUGUCACCAUCGUCGAUUAUCUGCACGAGCUGCGUGAGAUUGCUCGUCUCAUGAGGCCUCUGGGCCCUUCUGGACUCUUGUACCUUGCAGCCGCUGUUUCCGACUUUUUCGUGCCCCCGGACCGCAUGUCGGAGCACAAGAUCCAGUCGACCAACGCUGUGGAUGAGAGGAAACCCGACGACGAGGAGACGUUUGACAACUUUGAUUCAUCGCCCUCAGUCCCUCGCUCCAAGCGCCUUGUCGUUGAUCUUGACCCCGUGCCCAAGUUCCUCAAAAACCUGGUCGACGGCUGGGCACCUGAGGGCAUGAUUGUGUCUUUCAAGCUCGAGACGGACCCUGCUCUUUUGGUGCGCAAGGCGCGAUACAGCUUGGACAGGUACCAGCACCACCUCGUCAUCGGCAACCUGCUCUCUACACGCAAGUGGGAGGUCGUCUUUGUGAGUCCCGGCCGCGAAGACCGCUGGGUGCGUGUGCCUCGGGAGGGCGGCUGGGGCGAAGCUGAGCUGCGACCUCUAAAGGCCGAGGAGCUGCCCCGUGAGGAUCCCGGCGUCGAGGUUGAAAAGCUGAUCAUCCCUGCUGUGAAAGAGUUGCAUGAUCAGCACAUCAAGGGGUUCACCAAGUGA